AAAAAGGUAAAACUGACAAAUAAAGCUUGGGUGGUGAAGAAGAAGUGUGAGAGAGGGGUGAAGAAUAGAAUUGGGGGAAAGAAGAUGAAGACUUUAGUGGCACCUUCUUCAACUCUACUACUACAACUACGGACCUCCCAUCAUUUCAAUCGUUUCUUGUUAAUUAACCAAAAGCAAAAUGCCCCUAUUUAUAGCAGCAGCAGCUGCACACUCACCCGCCAUCUCAGAUUCCACACCAAUCCCAAACCCCCAUGUAUCACUUCCACCAAUCGCCGCCAUAUCUCCGCCAUGGCUUCAUCCACUCAAACACCUUCCCAGAGUGCUUCUCCAUCUGGUGAUGAUACUGCUGCCGUUGAUGUAUUUCAAAUCAUCAAAACCCAUCAGGAAAAGGCUGCUAGACUGCCUCCAAUCGAAGAGGUCAAGACUCUCCUUAACUAUAGCAUUCGUGGCGUUCUUUCAACCUUCUCCCAGAAGCACGAUGGUUACCCAUCAGGAUCAAUGGUUGAUUUUGCAUGUGAUGCCAAUGGAUCUCCCAUAUUAGCAGUCAGCAGUUUGGCAGUUCAUUCCAAGGACCUCCUAGCUAAUCCUAAAUGCUCAUUGCUUGUUGCAAAAGACCCAGAGGAUAGAACCGAUUUAAUUAUAACUGUACAUGGUGAUGCUGUUCCUGUUCCCAAUCUGGAUAGAGAUGUUAUACGUACUGCAUACUUGGCUAAACAUCCAGAUGCAUUUUGGGUUGACUUUGGCGACUUCCAAUUUCUGCGCAUUGAGCCUAAAGUUGUGCGAUUUGUUUCUGGUGUUGCUACCGCUUUGUUGGGUUCAGGAGAGUUUACGAAAGAGGAGUUUGCAGCAGCAAAGGUGGAUCCGAUUUAUCAGUUCUCUAAGCCUGUAACGUCUCACAUGAAUAAAGACCAUUCAGAUGAUACAAAACUCAUGGUUCAGCAUUCAACAUCAAUUCCGGUGGACUUUGCAUACAUGCUGGAUCUGGAUAGCCUUGGGUUCAAUGUAAAGGCUGGCUACCAGGGGAGGAGCUUUAAGCUCCGGAUUCCAUUCCCUAGGCGUGCAGAAAACCGAAAGGAUGUCAAAACUCUCAUAGUGGAAAUGCUUCAAGCUGCCAGGUCUCCUGUCAGUUGAUCUUAGCAACUAAAUGGCAUGUUCUAAACUAUGCGCAUUGCAUUAAACCUUGAUCCACUUUUACAAGUUCGUCAUAUACUUAUCAUGUGAAUAUGUGGGGAUUUUAUUUUUUUGAUCAGCAAUGAAUAUGUGGUAUAUGAUA